AAAAAGACCCAAUUAAUCGUGAGCUUUAUAGGUUAAGAAAAACGUGAGUUGAAGAGAAAGUGAGAGCCGAAUGACCUGGGCUGCGUCGACCAAGAAACUCCCGCUCCUUCGCUCAUUUACACUCUCUCUAUUCCAACACCUUCACCACUUUUCCAAUAUAUAGAUCCCCACAACUUUCAUUUUCUCUCUGUUAUAUGUAUAUUUUUUUCUUGUACUAUACCAACCCCAACUAAUUAAUCUUUACAAAUUACUCAUUAACAAAAAAAAAAAAAACAAAACAAAACAGAAAACUAGUAAUUAAGUUGUUCUUCUUGAUUUCAUUUUCUUUGAAAUAAGAGUUAAAAAAGAAGUAGCUGAAAGUUUAACGUGUACUUUUUUUGCUUUGCAUGCAAAGAUAAAAGAAAGAAAGAGACUGCAUUUUCUUUUUUCUUUUUUAAAUUUAUUUUUCUAGGAAAGUAAUUUGAAGAAGAGAGAAAGAUGGCGGAAACCAGCGUCGGCUUGGAAGAUAUCAAGAAUGAGACCAUCGACCUUGAGCGAAUUCCUGUCCAUGAAGUGUUUCAAAAGUUGAAAUGCACCAGAGAUGGCUUAUCAAGUGAGGAAGGCCAAAAAAGGCUGCAUAUCUUUGGUCCUAACAAGCUUGAAGAGAAACAGGAAAGCAAGGUUUUGAAGUUCUUGGGAUUUAUGUGGAAUCCUCUGUCAUGGGUGAUGGAGAUUGCAGCUAUUAUGGCCAUUGCUUUGGCUAAUGGAGGAGGCAAGCCCCCAGACUGGCAAGACUUCAUUGGUAUUGUGGCAUUGCUCUUGAUCAAUUCAACUAUUAGCUUCAUUGAAGAAAACAAUGCAGGCAAUGCUGCUGCAGCACUUAUGGCUGGUCUUGCCCCCAAAACAAAGGUCCUAAGAGAUGGAAAGUGGAGCGAGCAAGAAGCUGCGAUACUGGUACCAGGAGACAUCAUCAGCAUUAAGUUGGGAGAUAUUGUCCCUGCAGAUGCACGUCUCCUUGAAGGUGAUCCACUCAAGAUUGAUCAGUCCGCCCUUACUGGUGAGUCUUUGCCUGUAAACAAGAAUGCAGGGGAUGAGGUAUUCUCUGGUUCUACCGUCAAGCAAGGGGAGUUAGAGGCUAUUGUUAUUGCCACCGGCGUGCACACUUUUUUCGGAAAAGCUGCUCACCUUGUUGACAGCACCAACAACGUAGGGCACUUCCAGCAGGUGUUGACAGCAAUUGGAAACUUCUGUAUAUGCUCAAUUGGGGUAGGGAUGCUUAUUGAGAUAGUGGUGAUGUAUCCAAUCCAACAGCGCAGGUACAGAGACGGAAUCGAUAAUCUGCUGGUGCUUCUCAUUGGAGGAAUUCCAAUUGCCAUGCCAACAGUUUUAUCUGUGACAAUGGCCAUUGGAUCUCACCGGCUUUCACAACAAGGAGCUAUCACUAAGAGAAUGACAGCUAUUGAAGAAAUGGCCGGAAUGGAUGUACUCUGCAGUGAUAAAACUGGGACACUUACUCUCAACAAGCUUACUGUAGACAAGUCCUUAGUCGAGGUUUUCACAAACGAUGUUGACAAGGACAUGGUUAUUCUACUAGCGGCAAGGGCUUCCAGGGUUGAGAAUCAAGAUGCUAUUGAUGCCUGUAUUGUUGGAAUGCUAGGUGAUCCAAAAGAGGCCAGAGCAGGUAUUACCGAGGUCCAUUUCUUUCCGUUUAACCCAGUAGACAAGCGUACAGCCAUGACAUAUAUCAAGGCUGACGGUAGUUGGCAUCGAGUCAGCAAAGGUGCUCCAGAGCAGAUUAUUGAUCUAUGCAAUCUCCGAGAUGAUGUGAAGAGGAGAGCUCAUGAUAUCAUUGCUAACUUUGCAGAUCGAGGGCUUCGCUCUCUUGCUGUGGCUAGACAAACUGUGAAAGAAAAAAACAAGGAUGCUCAAGGAGAAGCAUGGGAAUUUGUGGGUAUACUGCCACUGUUUGAUCCUCCAAGGCAUGACAGUGCGGAGACAAUUCGUCGGGCUCUAAAUCUCGGUGUCAAUGUCAAGAUGAUCACUGGUGAUCAACUAGCCAUUGGCAAAGAAACUGGUCGCAGGCUCGGUAUGGGAACCAACAUGUAUCCAUCAUCUGCUCUCCUUGGCCAAAAUAAGGGUGACACAAUCGAUACGAUUGGUGUUGAUGAGCUUAUUGAGAAGGCUGAUGGCUUUGCAGGCGUUUUCCCUGGUAUGUUCAUGUUUAUUUUUCUGAAUCACUAUUUUCCUCAUUCAGAGCACAAAUAUGAGAUUGUUAAGAGGCUACAGCAAAGGAAUCAUAUUUGUGGCAUGACUGGAGAUGGUGUGAAUGAUGCACCAGCGCUUAAGAAGGCAGACAUUGGAAUUGCAGUGGAUGAUGCAACUGAUGCAGCUCGUGGUGCAUCAGAUAUAGUGCUAACAGAACCAGGACUUAGUGUCAUUGUGAGUGCUGUUCUAACAAGCAGAGCCAUAUUUCAGAGAAUGAAAAACUAUACCAUCUAUGCCGUCUCCAUUACUGUCCGAAUCGUGUUAGGGUUUAUGCUCAUUGCUCUUAUUUGGAAGUUCGAUUUUUCGCCUUUCAUGGUUUUGAUCAUUGCCAUACUGAACGAUGGAACCAUUAUGACCAUUUCCAAGGACAGGGUUAAGCCAUCUCCUAUGCCUGACUCAUGGAAGCUCAAGGAGAUAUUUGCCACCGGCAUUGUCCUCGGUACCUACCUUGCUUGCAUGACUGUUGUUUUCUUCUGGGCUGCUAACGAUUCCAACUUCUUUCAGGACAAGUUUGGGGUAAGAUCCAUUAGGCACAAUCAAGAUGAACUUACAGCUGCUAUCUACCUCCAAGUGAGUAUAGUGAGUCAGGCACUCAUUUUUGUCACUCGUUCUCGAAGUUGGUCUUUCAUCGAACGUCCUGGUCUUCUCCUCGUGGUUGCCUUCAUUUUGGCCCAACUCAUAGCUACACUCCUUGCUGUUUAUGCAAACUGGGGCUUUGCCAGAAUCAAAGGCAUUGGCUGGGGUUGGGCUGGCGUUAUCUGGCUCUACAGUCUAGUCUUCUACGUCCCACUUGACGUACUCAAGUUCUUGAUUCGCUAUUCUUUGAGUGGAAAGGCUUGGGAUAAUUUACUUCAAAGCAAGACUGCCUUCACAACAAAGAAGGAUUAUGGAAAAGGAGAGAGGGAAGCACAAUGGGCAAUGGCACAACGCACCCUUCAUGGCUUGACACCACCUGAAAUGACACAGCUCUACAACGAGGAGACCAACUAUAGAGAACUGUCAGAGAUUGCUGAACAAGCAAGGAAGCGUGCCGAAGUAGCAAGGUUGAGGGAACUUCAUACACUCAAAGGGCACGUUGAAUCUGUAGUUAAACUCAAAGGACUCGACAUUGACACCAUCCAACAGCACUACACUGUUUGAGGGAAAGAGUGGAACUGGGUGUUGUCGUAAUGUGGCAUGAAAAGCUUGGAAGGUAUGGAGGAAGAAAUUUUUAGGGUUUCCGAAAUCAGCAUCUAUCCUAUUAUGAAUUUUUGUAGUAGGUUAUGGAAGGCAUGGUAUUGGAAUAAUUUUUUGAAUAAUCCAACAUAAGAGAUUGUCGUAUAGCUAUCUCGGACAAUCCUUGGCUGGAAUAUGGCAAUGAUUUUUAUUACAUCA